AUGGGUUUCUAUUACGAUUUAUGUUUAUUAACAUUUAUUUUUUCAACUAUACAUUCUACCAUAUUACCAGUUAUUACGAAAGAUUGGUUAAUUGAAUUUCGUCAACAUGUUGAGCCAGAUGCAGCUAAACGUAUUGCUAAACGAUAUGCUAUGGUUUCUCGUGGACCAGUAUUGAAUGAUAAACAUUUAUAUCAUUUUGUUGAUCUUAAACCAAUACAUCCGCUAAAACGUAAAAAACGAGAUACUGAUCAAGAAGCAUUCAUUCAACGCCAUGAGCUCGUUAAACGAGCUAUUCAUCAAAUUCCUUACAUUCGCAUGAAACGUGGUUAUCGUUCUCCUGCUGAGCUCAAAGAAGCUUUUCCUGAAUAUCAAUCUCCUACGGAUCCUUUUUUUCAAUAUCAAUGGUAUCUGAAAAAUGUUGGUCAAGCUGGUGGUAAACCACGACUUGAUCUUAAUGUUGAAGAAGCUUGGGCACUUGGAUAUACAGGUAAAAAUGUAACUACAGCAAUAAUGGAUGAUGGUGUUGAUUAUACACAUCCUGAUCUUAUGCACAAUUAUAAUGCAGCAGCUAGUUAUGAUUUCAGUAGUAAUGAUCGAUAUCCAUAUCCACGUUAUACAGAUGAUUGGUUUAAUAGUCAUGGUACACGUUGUGCUGGUGAAAUAGCUGCUGCUCGAAAUAAUAACAUCUGUGGUGUAGGUGUUGCUUAUGAUUCAAUGGUAGCUGGUAUUCGAAUGUUAGAUCAACCUUACAUGACUGAUCUAAUUGAAGCCAAUUCAAUGUCACAUGAACCAGAUAUGAUUGAUAUCUAUUCAGCAUCAUGGGGACCUGUUGAUGAUGGUAAAACAAUCGAUGGACCUCGACAUGCAACCAUGAAAGCUAUUGUCAAAGGCAUUAAUGAAGGUCGUCGUGGCCUUGGUUCAUUGUAUGUAUGGGCUAGUGGUGAUGGUGGAGCUAAUGAUGAUUGUAAUUGUGAUGGAUAUGCUGCUUCCAUGUGGACAAUAUCAAUAAAUUCAGCAAUAAAUGAUGGUCGAACAGCACUUUAUGAUGAAUCAUGUUCAUCAACACUUGCUUCAACAUUUAGUAAUGGUCGAAGUGAUGAUCCACAAGCAGGAGUUGCAACAACUGAUCUAUAUGGUCAAUGUACUUUAAAACAUUCCGGCACAUCAGCAGCAGCACCAGAAGCAGCAGGUAUAUUCGCACUGGCACUCGAAGCAAAUCGUCAAUUAACAUGGAGAGAUGUUCAACAUUUAACUGUUUUAACAGCAAAACGUAAUCAACUUUUUGAUCCAUCAAAACAACAUUUAUGGCAUAUUAAUGGAGCUGGAUUAGAAUUCAAUCAUUUAUUUGGUUUUGGUGUACUUGAUGCUGGUGAUAUGGUUCGACAUGCUAAAGAAUGGAAACCAUUACCAACUCGAUACCAUUGUUCUGCUGGUAAUAUAACAGGAAAACGACCAAUACCUGAAAAAGGUUCUUUAAAAUUAACAAUAAAUACAGAUGCAUGUAAGAAUACAAAAGAUGAAGUAAAUUAUCUCGAACAUGUACAAGCGUUUAUAACAUUAAAAAGUAGUCGACGUGGUAAUACAGUUAUUUUUAUUACAUCACCACUUGGUACAAGGUCAUUAAUUUUAAGCCGUCGUCCAUUAGAUGAUGAUACAACUAAAGGUUUUUAUAAAUGGCCAUUCAUGACAACUCAUGCAUGGGCUGAAAAAGCUCAAGGUAUAUGGACACUUGAAAUUCGUUUUGAUAAUGAUGAUAAUGCCGAUGCACCAUUAACAAAUCUACAAAAUCAAACAAUAACAGAUAAAGAACAAAGUCAAAAAUUAACUACUGGUCAUUUUUUUGAAUGGUCAUUAGUAUUACAUGGAACAAAAACACCAUCGUAUGCUGAACAAACUCCAUUAUCAAUACAUGGCAAUAAAAGUAAAUUAUCUAUUGCUAAACAAAUACAUGCAAAUAACUUCCAAGAUAAAGCAAAAUAUGUUCAAUUACUUAAACAAGAUAAUCAAAAACGUUUAGGAAGUGAUGAUGAAACAAUCAUGUAA